GAGGUAGUAAAAAAAAUGGUAUAGGGCAUCUCCUUCAAGGAGAGCUUCGAUAGUUUAGCAUUAGAGCUCUCCAGACUAGGAGAUUAUAAAAAGAAAAUGGUUUGAAAAGGUUAUAUAAACAAUGGGAGACACGGGAACAGCGCCCACGUUCCCCUCAUAGCUUCCUUUAUUUAUUGCUCUCUCAUAUGACAACGCCCCCGCCACAAGAUUGAUAAAAUAUUGUGUGUAUCUCUCCAAGGAAUAAAUAUAUCCCUUUCCUCCCUUGUGAACCUCCAUAAAUACUCUUAUCUCCAUGCCCUAGUCUCUCUCUCUUCCUCUCUUCUGAUUUACACCACUAUACUUUGAUAAAAGCUCAAAGCCAAAGGGGGUCUGUCCACUCUGAAGUGUUUAUGUGAUCAUGGGAAUUCCGAAGCCUGCAUGGUUGGAAGCCCUCUACACGCAAAAAUUUUUUGUUGGAUGCUCCUACCAUGAAACAGCAAAGAAGAAUGAGAAAAAUAUUUGCUGCUUGGAUUGCUGUACAAGCAUUUGCCCCCAUUGUUUACCAUCACACCGAUUCCAUCGGCUUCUUCAGGUUCGUCGGUAUGUUUAUCAUGAUGUUGUUCGGCUUGAAGAUCUUCAGAAGCUCAUAGACUGCUCUAAUGUUCAGGUUAGUACGUACGUACACAAAUUAAUAAACAAGGCUUAUACGAUCAAUAGUGCCAAAGUGGUGUUUAUCAAGAAGAGACCUCAAAACAGGCAAUUUAAGGGAUCCGGAAACUAUUGCACUUCUUGCGACAGAAGCCUCCAAGAACCCUUCAUCCAUUGCUCUCUAGGGUGCAAGGUGGAUUAUGUGCUGAAACACCACAAGGACAUCUCUCCAUACCUAAGAUCAUGCAACACUUUACAACUAAGUCCAGACUUGUUGAUGCCGCAAGACAUGACAGGAGAGGAUCAGGAGAUGACUAAUGAGAGUAGUACGCCUCAUUCUACAAUCGUAGACUGUGAAGAGCAGAUGAUGAGCUCCUCUUCUGGGUCAUCAGGGUCAGAGAACAAUGUGGCAUAUUGCAUGACUACCCAAAUUGUCAGGAAGAAAAGAAGUGGGCUAUAUCUGUGUGUAAGAUCUGCCAUUAAUAGGGUUUCUGAUCACGAGGACAUGGCUACCAGCAUCAGUAGAAGAAAGGGCAUCCCUCAUAGAUCUCCUUUAUGUUAGACAAAACAAACUUCUUAUUAAUUAUCACUACAUUAAUAUUUUCGGUUUUGAUAGCUUUGACUGAAUCCUAGCUAGCAUUAGCAGCUUGCUUCUUCAUCAUAUUCUUCUCUCUCACUCAGAUCUCUCUCUCUCUCGGAAAGUUGAAGUUAAUAUAAUCACUUGGUCGGGGGGUUUCGUCUUAAUUAAUGGUAUCACGUGAUUCCCAAUUCCAAGUA